AAGGUAGCAGCAAAAGACCACUCCCAAUGAUAUGAGAGACAUAACCUAAGAUCAGUUUCUCAUCACUAGAAAAGAGGAGUCCAGAAGUUCCUGGCCAGACUGCUUGAAUGCCUACAGCUUGUGAAGCAGAUUUUACCUUCCAAAAUGACUUUCCAAGCUCUGGUUUUGUGUCUGGCUUGUGCUGGGCUUGGGAAGGCAAACGUGGUUCCACAGGCUGAACACAGAAACGUGAAGGUGGGCGACAGCGUGACUCUCAGCUGUACCCUGACCGAGCCCAAGGAUGUUCUGCAAGUGACAUGGCAAAAGGACUUUGAAAAAUCCCACAGUAACAUAGCUACAUACAGUACAGCAAAAGGAUUAAAGAUUCAUGAGCCCUAUCAAGACCGACUGAAUUUCACCAGUCUGGUACUCAAUGAGACAAGCAUCACUUUUUGGGACGCUAGAAUGAAUGAUUCGGGGUGUUACAUGUGUCUCUUCAAUACUUUCCCUUACGGCUCCUUCUCAGGGCAGACCUGCCUGAGUGUCUUUGGUCUCGAUGCAUCUGUCCAUUACAAUAUUUCUGAAGGUCACUUGAUAGCCAUCUGUAAUGCUGUUGGCCUCCCAGAACCCACCAUCACCUGGAACAAGUUGUUCAAUUCUACUCCUACACAGGAGAAGGUCAGCCACGCCAAUGGGAUGGUGUCCAUCAGCAGUAAACUGGAGAUCUAUAACGUUAAGAGCAUUGGUGAGCAGGACUUGACCUGCAGAGUAAGCAACAUGAAUGAAAAAAGGGAAUUGCCUGUGAAAAUGAAAGGAGAAGCAGGUUCCUCGUGGCUUUGGCUGCCGAUUACUGGGGGGAUUUUAAUUGUCAGCAUAGUUCUGAUUCUGAUCACGCUGUAUUGGAGGAGGAGGAUUUGCAGGAGGGGUUGAAGUGGAUCCUAGAAGAUUUCCAUUCACCUACUCCAUCAUUACAACCCACGAGCCUGAAGUUAGCAUUACAAGCAGUGACUUGACUAGCUGGAAAUAAACAGCAAUAAAACAGAAAUGCACCACGUACACCACCCUAUCUAGAUAGUGAGUUGGAUCACUCAGUCGAAAAGAAUAGCACAGUGUGUGUAAUCCGGUCUAGACACUUAAUUACAAAAAGUAGGACCAGAGGAACCAUUUAGCCUCCUCCUCCACUGCCAGGCAAAAUCUACUUCACUUGUGCCAUGCUUGCAAAAUAUGCUAGCAUGCCAAAUGUAUUUGUCUUCUUCCAAUGAAGUUUUGAAAAUGUCCAUGGAUGGAGGCUCUGCAAACUCUCUGGAGAUCCUCUUCCAGUGUCUAAUUGCUCUUGGAGUAGAGGGGUUUAAUUUUUACCAAACAUGCUGCAAGUUUAUUUGCAGCAACCCUGCGUUUAUUACCCUCUUCCUGACAUCCUAAGUUUUCCUUCUCUUAUCCAGCUAAUCCAAUUCCUUUUCCUCAGUGAAUGCAUGAGUGUGCCAACAACUAUUGCUUAAGUCUUUCUAGAGAGACCUGCUGGACUCAAAAUCAGAGGACUCAAGCCACACCAAAUCUGCUGAAAUUACUGGGGAAGAGCAAUAGGGCUCCAAGCAGGUGACAGAUUAAAGGCAGUAGCAGCCACAGUUGGGGAAGAAAAAUAGUUCUAAGUAAUUUAUUUAUCCAGUUUUUCUUUCUAAUCCUGGGGUUUUGAUGUUUGGGUUGGGGGAUUUUGGGGUUGUUUAGUUAUUUUGUAUAUAUUUUUUUAACAUGUAAUUGAGGAGGAGAUGGAAGCAAAGCCUAGUGGAAUUAUCCCCACUUUUCAUUUGCCUUUCCCCUUUGCCUCUUUCCCUUUCCUCCUUUGCCUCUUUCCCUCUCCUUUCUAUUUUGUUGUAAUUCUCUCUCAUUUUUUUCUGAAACAACUGUUAAUACCCAGUCUACUCCUUGCUUGGGUGUCAUAAUGCAUGGACUAGGUUUGUCAAUAGUUCUCAUGGUUGUUUUAUGCACUGUUCCAAAUAGUCUCCCCUGUCUUCAUCCUUUUCUGUGAUGUCCUUUUAAACACAGACAAAUUGGUCUGCUGGCCAAAGCCAUUAUUCCAGACUUGGACCUUUUCGUGGGGGAUGUUACAUCCUGAGCUAUUGUGUGUCACUGCUGUGAAUGUAAUGGUAUCAGUGGGGAGUCUUACAGAAGUUGAAUUUACUGCUUUGCCCUGGUUUUGGUAGCAGAUAAAGACACUGCACCACUCUUACAAACUGGGACCUAACUCUGCUCCUGCCCCAGGUAGGACUGGAGCUUCUCUCCCUGAUGGCCACCCUCAGCUGCUCCUCACUGCCUGCUCAGACCUGCUGAUCUGGUCAUUUCCAGGCUUUAUGCUCCAGUUGCCUGACGCCGCUGCUUGCUGUGCUUGUGAGACCAGAGUGCACCUGGGCGCUGCCUUGCAGCAUAUCGUAUUUGUGAGGGGCCGGAGCCUCAGCGUGCCCUCUUCCUCUGUGCUGGUUUUGGCUGGGAUAGAGUUAAUUUUCUUUGUAGGAUCUAGUAUAAGGCUACUCUUCUGACUUUCUCCCUCAUCCCACAGGGGAGUGAGCAGUGGCUGUGUGGUGCUUAGUUGCUGGCUGGUGUUAAACCAUGACAGCCUCCCAGUGCCUUGGCAGGGCUCUAUGCCCCCUUCACGAGCAAAAGUUGCUAAAAACAUGCCUACCUCUGGGUGUACGACUCUGUGGCCCAUUUUACUGACAGAACAGACAGAUGGGAAGCCUGCAGGGGUCCUCUGAUGAUUUUGUUCUGAUGAUGAGUUUAAGGGUUUCUCAGUCUUCCUUCUCUCUCAAUAUUUGUUGUCAUAUUGGGAUCACUAGAGUAUCCUCUUGUCUUUUGGGUUUGAUUAACAUCUGUUUGUGCAUCUGAAAUAUUCUCUCUUACUAAGUGCACAGUGUUUUGGAUUGUGCUUUUUAUGUCAUAUGUUUACUGAGGGUACAAACUGUCAAUCUAAAAAAAUCAACAGAGGUUUAGCAGGUGCAAGACUUACGACUGAACGUUCAGAACCAAUGUUUUGUUGGUUCCAGAGCAGCAGCCUCUCUAGAGCCUGGCAAAAAGUUGUGUGUAUGUAUAUGUCUGCGUGCAUUACUGAGGAUGUGAGAGGUGAUGUUUGCUGUUGCUAUUGUAGAUGUAAUAUGAUUUAUUUAUUUGUAUAUUUCAUGUUUUCUAAUUAAAAAAACCCUAAACUAACAAA